AUGCUCCGAAAGGCCCCACCUGUUUGUUUUUAUGAUGGACAGCCAUAUAAAGUGGGCAGAGCUUUCACAGCAAUUGAUGGAUGUAACAAAUGCGAGUGCUUACCCUCUGGAGAAGUUGAGUGCAGUGCCAUGAAUUGUACUCCACCUGUUUGUUUUUAUGAUGGACAGCCAUACAAAGUGGGCAGAGCUUUCACUGCAAUUGAUGGAUGUAACAAAUGCGAGUGCUUACCCUCUGGAGAAGUUGAGUGCAGUGCCAUGAAUUGUAAAGGACCAUGUACUUUUGAGGGAGGUCACUAUAAACCAGGAAAGUCCUUUAGAUCUAGAGAUGGCUGUAACUGGUGCAAAUGUGUAAGAUCGGAUGUUGUGACAAGCAGUGCAAACUUUUGCUCAAAGAAAAGUAAAGGCAGAUGUUAA